CAGGAAUCGCUAGGAGCAACGCGGAGACCGCCGCCGCCCGCAAGCGCAACCGCGGCAGACUGCAGCACCGGGCGCAGCCAGCCGGCGGCACCGCAACAUCGUCUCCUCCUCCUCCUCCUCCUCCGUCCGUCGCGUCGUGUGCCUAUGGGAGUGGAACCGGCGCAACCGGCCCCUUCCGCGGCCGCCUCCGCCGCCGAGCAGGCUCGGGAUCUCAUCGACGCCGCUAGGUACGACGACCUGGAGGAUGUCGUUGCCUUGUUCUCCGCUGGUGUCUCACUGGACUCCACAGAUUCACAGGGCCGCACAGCUCUUCAUAUGGCUGCUGCCAAUGGGCAUCUUGCUGUGGUGGAAUACUUGAUUCUAAAUGGAGCGAAUGUUAAUGCCGCCAACUUGGAGAAGAACACACCCCUCCACUGGGCAUGCCUCAAUGGACAUAUAGAGGUAAUCAAGGCUUUGAUAUGUGCUGGGGCUAGUGUGAGUGCCCUAAACAGCCAUGAGAAAACCCCUAUGGAUGAAGCAGUGACCAAGGGCAAGAUGGAGGUGAUCGAUGCAAUCGGUGCAGCAGUAGCUCAAGCCGAGCUUGAUGGUGUUACUGUCUCCUAAAAGGGACUUGAUGAAUACCUUGAGCUAUGAAUGACAUGCAACCUUGUUCUUAUCUCUUAAUGGUACUAUCUAUGUCACUUCUGAUUUUGAUGUGCUGGUAUCUGGGACAAUAUGGUAACUUAGCCUUUGGCAUGAGUUGAUUAUCAUCUGUGUCGGCAAGCGCAUGUUAGUGUCAAUGACAUCAGAACGUGGACAGAAGAACCUAUCGUUAUAAACUUGAUGUGCAGCAGUCAAAGAUGUGGCUUUCCUCGAUAAUAUUGUAAUCCUUGAUGGUUUUCCUUGGAGUUCCUUGGGUCCCAGUUGUGGUGAAAUGGAAUUUGCACCUCCGCUGUUGAUUUCA